GUGAAUCGAUAGGAGGGGCAAUCUCACAUCGGCCGACAGUUGUUUCCAAAGGACGGAGCAGAGGAAAAAGCAACAGUAUUCACAGGGAGCCCAGAGAAGACCGACCCGCACCAUUCUUUCGCGUCGUUUUGGAAAGAGGACCAUCUAUUAUACUCAUGUAUUCUACUAUUAGAUAGAUCUGUAUUACAUACGACCGCAAGGAUACUCUGUCCUUGGGUUUUAUCGUCGCUGACUGAAGAGAGCGCGCAGAGGCUGCGGCUGGACAGAGGCGCGGUGGAAGCGCGGAGCGCGAGCCGCUGUGGGGCUGAUGUGCGCGGCCUGUCCCUCAGCAGCGGCCCGCUAUGGCGGAGACCAAGAUCAUCUAUCACCUCGACGAGCAGGAGACUCCCUACCUCAUCAAACUACCCAUUCCCGCUGAAAACGUAACGCUCGCCGACUUCAAAAAUGUCCUCAAUAAACCCAACUACAAAUUUUUCUUCAAAUCCAUGGACGAUGAUUUCGGGGUGGUGAAGGAGGAGAUAUCUGAUGACAACGCCAAACUACCGUGUUUCAACGGACGUGUUGUGUCAUGGCUGGUGUCUGCAGACGGCUCUCAUGGCUCUGACGGCGGUUCAGUGUGUGCAGACUCUCAGGCCGAUCUGCCGCCCCCGCCGGAGAGGACAGGAGGCAUCGGAGACUCCAGACCCCCUUCCUUCCAUGCGAAUGCCGCAGGAAGUCAGGAUGACCUGGGCAAUGAUACCGAGCCUGAGGUAGGUCCAUCGCUGAGAAGAGACCGAGACAGAGACAGAGAGAGGGAGAGAGAGAGGCCUCGUAGGAAAGAUACACAUGACCAUGGAGGCCGGAUGAACGGUCACUCGCGGCCGGAGCGCAGGCCGGAGAUCGCCGGCUAUGAGAGCUCCUCAACACUGAUGAGCAGUGAGCUGGACACCACCAGCUUCUUCGACUCAGAGGAGGAGGACUCUGCUAGCAGGUUCAGCAGCUCUACGGAGCAGAGCACAUCGUCACGUCUCAUGAGACGCCAUCGCCACCGCAGACAGAAACCCAAAGCACCCAGAAUGGAGAGGUCCUCAUCGUUCAGCAGCAUAACUGACUCCACCAUGUCUCUGAACAUCAUAACUGUCACAUUAAACAUGGAGAAGUAUAAUUUUCUGGGCAUUAGUAUAGUCGGGCAGAGUAAUGAGAGGGGCGAUGGAGGAAUCUACAUCGGCUCCAUCAUGAAGGGCGGUGCGGUGGCUGCUGACGGACGCAUUGAGCCUGGUGACAUGCUUCUGCAGGUGAAUGAUAUCAACUUUGAGAACAUGAGUAAUGAUGAUGCAGUGAGGGUGCUGCGAGAGAUCGUCCAUAAACCUGGACCCAUCACACUGACUGUGGCCAAAUGUUGGGAUCCAAACCCCCGUAGCUGUUUCACCCUCCCACGAAGUGAGCCGAUCCGUCCCAUAGACCCUGCUGCCUGGGUGUCUCACACUGCCGCUAUGACGGGGACGUACCCAGUGUACGGUAUGAGCCCUUCCAUGAGCACAAUCACCUCCACCAGCUCCUCCAUCACAAGCUCCAUUCCAGAGACUGAGCGGUUCGAGGAUUUCCAUCUGUCCAUCCAUAGCGACAUGGCAGCAGUAGCCAAAGCAAUGGCAUCUCCAGAGUCAGGCCUGGAGGUGCGGGACAGAAUGUGGCUGAAGAUCACCAUCCCCAACGCCUUCAUAGGUUCAGAUGUGGUGGAUUGGCUCUAUCAUCACGUUGAGGGCUUUACUGACAGACGGGAGGCACGCAAAUACGCCAGCAACCUGCUAAAAGCUGGCUACAUCCGGCACACUGUCAACAAGAUCACUUUCUCUGAACAGUGCUAUUACAUCUUUGGUGACCUGUGCGGCAAUAUGGCCAGUCUCACCUUGCAUGACCAUGACGGUUCUAGUGGGGCGUCUGACCAGGACACUCUCGCUCCGUUGCCUCACCCUGGUGUAGCUCCCUGGCCGCUCACAUUCCCUUAUCAGUACCCGAUCCCUCACCCGUACAAUCCCCACCCUGUGCACGACCCCAGCCACAGCUUCACUGCAGGGGGCGGCAGCGCUGGCAGCCCGCACAGCGAAGGCAGUCGAAGCAGUGGCUCGAAUCGAAGCGGCAGCAAAAACAGCGAGUCCGAAAAAAGAGAGAAGGCUCCCAGUGAGCGCUCUGCUGCGGCCCCUAGUGAACACAGCAUGCGUAGCUCACACACCAUCCGGAGCGUCCAGAGCCUGGUGUGUGGAGCGCCGGGCCUCCCUCCACAGCCACAGCCACAGACACCCUCCACAGCAGCGCCGGGCUCUCCUCCAGACCGAGACCUGGCCUCAGUGCCGCCCGAACUCACAGCCUCGCGCCAAUCUUUCCGCAUGGCCAUGGGGAACCCUAGUGAGUUCUUCGUCGACGUCAUGUGAUGAGCUUCAUGUGACCCCGAGGGUCGACCCACAUGCUCAAGGCACUGUGAAAUCAAGAAAGAAAGAUGGGGAGGAAGACGAGAAAGAGAUGCAUUGACAUUUUAGUAGCUGAGUGUCCCUCCUAAUGUCCCUCCUGUGUCCUGUGGCUUGCACUUUCUUCAGUGAAGAAGACUGGAACAGAUCACGUAUCCCAUCAUGCCCUCAGAGACCCGAGUUCUCUGAUUUAAGGAGACUCUGUGCGAUGCAGUGAUGAAGGUGAAUGCUUGCUGGUUUUUGUGUACUUUUUAUGUACUUUACCUGCAUUUUUUAAUAUUUUGUCCUCUGACCAGUUUAUUAACUACAAGUUAAGAUCUGUUUUUCAAUCAAAGAUGAACUAAAUUAAGCAGGAGAGAAAAGCAUGACAUGAGAAGAAAGUCAGGAUAUCUCUUACUUCUAAAUCACCUUUUACUGAAGUGACGUGACAUGUGGCCAAGUA